AUGCCUGCUGCCACGAAAGCCGACUCGCGCUCACCUUCACCAACUCCUGCCCCGCCGAUUGCCGACGCGCCAGGUCCACGCGCGCAAGGCCUGAUCAAUGUCUUCAAUCAGGCUUCAAAGGCGACCCUCGACAAAUGUUCGUCGAGAAAUUUCGCAGCAUGCUUUCCAACAGCUGCACAGUACAGCCCGGAGGUGCUGGACAACCUCAGAGGUCAAAUCUUAGACCAGCUAGACCGCACAUGGAAGACCAACUUUGAAGACAUCAUGGCGCGGAGGAAUGUUGUGAAGCUUUUGAACUCGUUGGAUCAGUGCAUCGAGGAUGCGAAGUUGAGGAAGAAGCGGGCUGAGCUCAGUGCAAAUGGCGGGCCUGUAGAGACGCCUGUACCACCCCAUACUCUCACACCCGCGGAGAUACACCUCGCUCAUCUCAUGCCCUUCAUCGAAAAGCAAGCGGCCGAAAUGAAUGCCAAACUUGCCGAAACACAACAAUCGAAUACAGAGCUUUUGUCGACAGUCACUGCACAGCGCGCUGAGAUUGAAGCACUGGUGAGAGGACUGGAUAACGUCAUUCAGGACUUGGAAGUUAGUGCGCAAUUGGUGGCCCAGGAUGACGUGCAAGAUCUUAGCAAAGAAAUCAAGGUCCUCGAAACAGAGAUGCGGCCCUGA